AUCCAAGAACCUCCAUGCAGGAUACUAAGUUGAACACUUGUCUAAAUCAUGGAAUUCGAUCCCAAAAUCCCUCCGAUUCUCACAUCGGAACGACAAACGUUCGCAUAUAUUUCUGCGCUUGAGAGAUGGCCUGUUAUUCUGACGGGCGCCAUUGACGACCUCCAUCGCUCUCUCAUCAAACUUCCUGAUCAUGAAGAGGACAAGCGCAAAGAGGGAAAGGACAUUGUCUCGCAACUCGCGGCGUUGAAAUACGAACUGUUACACAAUAGGAAAUUGACGCCUUUAGAGGAUGAUGGCGAAGGCGAUAUCGAGACAUACAAUAAGGAGCUAGAGGAAAGAGGAGAAUUGACCUGGUUCAAUGCGCCAUGGCUCUUCACAGAAUGCUAUCUCUACAGGCGGAUAAACGUCCUAUUCUCGCGCGCAGAGUACUGGAAGGACUAUGAUAUUUUCGCGCGUCAGAAAAUGUCUACAUUUAAGUCGUCACGCCCCGCAGUUCUCGAGCUUGGUGCGAGAUAUAGACAUCUAGACAAGGAGAUCAAGGCAAAUCAUUCCGGCGAACAGAUAGAAAAAGCAGAUGAAUUACUCUUCGCGGAAAUGUGCGAGAUUUGUCUCUGGGGAAAUGCAACUGAUCUAUCCCUUCUCACAUCACUCACGUACGAAGAUAUACAGAAGCUCCAAGGUGCGAAAGCGCGCAAAGCAGCUGAAGAGAAUAUCAUAGUCAAUGAUCUUCCCGCGGCAUUUGCUGUCUUGAAUAACGCCCGGAAGACCAAAAACAACCAAGAGCGCCGCGUGGACAUCGUUCUCGACAACGCCGGCUUUGAACUAUUCGUUGACCUGAUUCUCGCUGGAUAUCUUCUCCUCUCUGACCUUGCCACGACGGUGGUCCUUCAUCCCAAGUCUAUCCCUUGGUUUGUUUCCGAUGUGGUACCCAAGGACUUCGGAGAUCUAGUUUCCGUCCUCGCCGACCCUCAAGCCUUCUUCACAGCUCCAGAAGACAAGCACGAUCCGAAGAGCAACGAUAAACCUGCCCCGCCGCUCACAGAAAACGAAGUUGCUGAGCUACAGUUUUUAUUUAGCCAAUGGAGCCAAUUCCAUGCGGACGGGAAGUUGAUCAUCCGGCCGAAUCGGUUCUGGACUACAGCAGGAAGUUACUGGCGAAUCCCAAGCGAAGAGCCAGAUUUGUGCAAUGACCUGAAAGAGAGUGAACUAGUUUUAUUUAAAGGAGACUUGAAUUAUAGAAAGUUGACCGGAGAUGCACACUGGGACCCAACAACGCCAUUCUCUAAUGCAAUCGGCCCUCUGGGACCCGGAUCAGGAAUCCGCACUCUUGCCCUUCGCACCUGUAAGGCUGAUGUGGUGGUUGGACUUCCUGAAGGCGAAGAUGAGCGCAUCCGUCAGACUCCAGGGGGCGGAGCAGAUUCAGGGGCUCGGAAAUGGGCAUGGGGCGGAAAAUGGGCCGUUGUGCAGUUUUGCGACGGAAAGGCUUGAGUUAAUGGUAUUUUCCGGGACUUUGCUUCUAAAUG